ACGGAUCAUCUCGUAGCGACGAAAGUUCAGGAUCCGAAGAGGGUUAGGAAGUAAGAUAUGAUACGAAAUGGAGGAUUGUAGAUUUUGUUGUGGAAGUAUGGGACUUGGUUGUAAUGAUUUGCGUAAAAGAAUCAUAAUGAACAUGAGAUUUAAUGCCAAAUUCUUAAGAGAAUCGCAGGUUGAGCAAUAGAAUAACACACGUGUUCUGGAAAAUGCAGACUUUCAGUUACAGGAACAGUGUUAUGUCGAACCGAGAAAUUCUUCCGAAAGCAAAAGUUGUGGAAGAUCCCUUGUGCAAUUCAUUUGGAAUUGGAAGUCCUGGGAAAGGGGUAAAUCUGGGAGCCCGUAAGAGAAUCUUUCAGUUUAUUGCUGGGAUUCUAAUGCGGUGCUGGGCUUUAGCAGGUGCAGCAGUUCUGUCUUGCUUGCUACUCUACUGGGUUUAUGGUGGCCUGCUGGCGUUUCUGCUACUCUGUUUUGCCAUGACAGGGAUUUUAUAUCAUACAGAGGAUAACCUACUUUAUCACCCUGAAAUGCCAGCACAUUCAAGAGUCUUUGUUCCAGAUCCUUCAUUUUUUGGUCUCCCAUAUGAAAAUGUCUUUGUACGAAGUGCAGAUGGAACAUUACUUCAUCUGUUUUUUAUUCGUCAGCCUGGUGACCAGGCAACUGUAGCGCCAACAAUACUUUUCUUGCAUGGCAAUGCUGGGAAUAUGGGCCAUAGGCUUCAGAAUGCCCUGGGUCUGUACCAGCAUCUUCAUUGCAACAUUCUGAUGCUAGAAUACCGUGGGUACGGGCUGUCACAUGGCUCUCCUAGUGAAGAAGGCCUAUAUAUGGAUGCAAGGACAGCCUUAGACUUUCUGUUAUUGCGACAUGAUGUCAACCAUAAGGAAAUUAUUGUUUUUGGAAGGUCUUUGGGUGGUGCUGUUGCAGUUGAUGUGGCAGCACGUCCAGAAUAUGCUUCAAGAAUUUGGUGUCUCAUCUUAGAGAAUACAUUCACUAGUAUCCCUGACAUGGCAAAGGUGUUGAUCGGAUGGAGAGUGUUGCAGUAUUUGCCACUUUGCUUCUACAAGAACAAGUUCCUGUCGGUAUGGAAGAUGGCACAUCUGGCAGUACCUACGGUGUUUGUGUCAGGUCUAGCUGACAUGCUGGUGCCUCCAAGCAUGAUGACAGAGUUACAUGAGCUGUGUGGCAGCCAACACAAACAGCUUGUGCAGUUUGACUCAGGAACACACAACGAAACAUGGACCAGCCCAGGCUAUUACCAUUCACUAGCCACCUUCCUUCAAGACACUCGUGUCAGACCCACACCUGCUGUGAAAGCCAUGUGACGUGCUCUACCGAUAGGCACCACAUGUAAUUUUAAUUCCAUGUGUCUUCUGGCAUAAUUUCAGUUUUAUAAACAUGUGACUUAAAGGUCUUCAUGCAGCAUUGAUUAAGAACAUACUGCAUGAAAUUCGUUAAUACUCAUAAAACCACAGAGGAUUUGACAACUGUACAAUGAAUUUAGCCUGGCAUCUAAGGCUUACAACCUUAC